GAAAAUAACAGUACAAAUGACUGUGUUAGUGAUGUCUGACAGCCAAACUAAUGUAAUUUGAAGUUUCUGUGUGUGUCUGUAGGUUGUCUGGAUGUAUGGUGACAGAGGAAGGCUGUGGUUAUUUGUCUUCAGCUCUGAAGUCAAACCCCUCACAUCUGAGAGAGCUGGAUCUGAGCUACAAUCACCCAGGACAAUCAGGAGAACAACUGAAGAAUCUGGACAAACUCAAUGUGGAUCAUGGAGGAGAAAACAGAAUUACUGCAGGACUACACAAAUAUUCCCAUCAACUCACUCUGGAUCUGAACACAGUGAAUAAAGAGCUCCGUCUGUCUGAGAACAACAGAGUGAUUACUCGCACUAAAACAGAUCACCAGUAUCCUGAUCAUCCAGACAGAUUUGAUGCAUGGCGUCAGGUGCUCUGUAGAGAGAGUGUGUGUGGACGCUGUUACUGGGAGAUUGAGUGGAGUGCAGAUAAAGGAGUGUUUAUAUCAGUGUCAUAUACGAGAAUCGGCAGGAAGGGAUGGGGUAAUGAGUGUAGGUUUGGAUGUAAUGAUCAGUCCUGGAGUUUGCUCUGCUCUCGCUCCAGUUACUCAUUCAAACACAAUAACAUACAGACUGUUCUCUCUGUGACGCCCAUCAGCAGUAGAACAGGAGUGUAUGAUAAAGUCAAUAGAAUAGGAGUGUUUGUGGAUCACAGUGCAGGAACUCUGUCCUUCUACAGCAUCUCUGACACAAUGAGCCUCAUCCAUUCAGUCCAGACCACGUUCACUCAGACACUCUAUCUUGGGUUUGGGCUUAGUUGUUUAGGAUCAUCAGUGAAACUGUGUUGAUGAAUCAGAAUAGACUGAUGAGAGAUUCUACCCAUAAUGCUUUGAGCUGCAUGAUGAAUCAGUGACAGUGGAUGUUAUAGAGUCUCUUCAUCACAUUAAUAUGAACAUGAAUCAGAAUAAACGUGUAAUGAAUCCUC